CCCUUUAUAAAAUCCCUUCAGCACUGACGUCAAUGCAUGUCGAGCGCCAGAACAUCAUUCCUCAUGCCGAGCAUCAGAGCGGAAUGCGCUCUCAUUUCAGUCAUGUAGAGCCCUUAUCUGGAAACGAAGACAUGUGCAGGAGCCCUUCGCACCCAUAUGCCCAAUUUGCAUUUUAGCUUUGGCAUUAGAGACAUAAUCAUACCUGCCACUUGAAUUGCUCUGUAUGAGCAGGUGAAGGUGGCCAAAUCAUCCACACACCUCUUUAUCCAGUAGUUCACUAGAAAACUAUGGUCAUGGCCGCCCAGGACCAAAAGCCGUCGCAGCGGGCUCCGGUUCGUGUGGGAUUUUAUGAUAUUGAGCGCACGCUGGGAAAAGGCAAUUUUGCAGUUGUGAAGCUGGCGAGACAUCGUAUCACGAAAUCUGAGGUGGCUAUUAAGAUCAUAGACAAGACCCAGCUAGAUGCAGUGAACCUGGAGAAGAUCUACAGGGAAGUGGAAAUCAUGAAGUUGCUGGACCAUCCUCACAUCAUCAAGCUUUACCAGGUCAUGGAGACCAAAAAUAUGCUCUAUCUAGUCACAGAAUAUGCCAGGAAUGGAGAGAUAUUUGACUACCUGGCCAGCCGCGGGCGGCUCAGCGAGAUGGAUGCGAGGAGGAAGUUCUGGCAGAUCCUCUCAGCGGUGGAGUACUGCCACGAACGCAAUAUUGUCCACAGAGACCUGAAGGCUGAAAACUUGUUACUGGAUGCUCACAUGAAUAUGAAGAUAGCAGAUUUUGGCUUUGGAAACUUCUUCCGUCAUGGCGAACCCUUGACCACUUGGUGUGGGAGCCCGCCAUAUGCGGCUCCAGAGGUGUUUGAGGGACAACAGUAUGAGGGUCCGCAACUGGACAUCUGGAGUAUGGGGGUGGUUUUGUACGUGUUAGUGUGUGGCGCUCUUCCAUUUGAUGGUCCUAGCCUUCCUGUCCUCAGACAGAGGGUCCUGGAGGGCCGUUUCCGCAUCCCCUACUUCAUGAGUGAGGACUGCGAGCACCUGAUCAGAAAGAUGUUGGUUCUAGAUCCAGCCAAGCGCUUGUCCCUCAGUCAGAUCAAAGAGCAUCGCUGGAUGGUGCAGGAGGUCCCAUCCCAGCGGCCCGUGCUGUAUAGACAGGGUCUGCCAUGUGAGAGCAAAUCAGGCUUGGGUGAACACAGUGAGCAGGUGCUCCGACUCAUGCACAGUCUGGGCAUCGACCAGCAGAAGACUAUUGAGUCUCUUCAGAACAAAAGCUAUAACCACUUUGCUGCUAUCUACUACCUGCUUGUGGAGCGGUUGAAAGCGCAUCGCAGCAGUUUCCCUGUGGAACAGCGUUUGCACGCCAGCCAGCGCCGCCCUAGCACCGUCGCUGAGCAGACUGUUGUCAAGACCAUUGCGGUUCCUUCUCAAGCGGGCAUCCUGCCGCAGGCAGCGCGUCACCUGCGUUCACCUGUUCUGUUGCAGUCCACUGCAGACACGUUUACCUUCCCACAAACCCCUGCUUCCCCAGAUCAGACGCUCAUGGAGGAAGACGUGGCCACUCCCAAGGUGGAUGGCUGCUUACUGGACCCUCUUCCUCCAGUCGUUGUCCGCAAAGUCAGUGGCUCGCUGCCUAGCAACGUUAUGGAGACGUCCAUUGAUGAGGGCAUUGAGGCAGAGGAAGAGCAUGCUGUGCCCCUCGCCGCCUUUCAUACAGCUCGCUUCAGUCAGCGCCGGCAUACGCUGUCUGAGGUCACCAACCAACCUGCUGUGCUGCCCAUCACAGGUCUAAACCCGUCUCUCGGAAGCAUGGACUCAGAGUACAGCAUGGGUUCGACUCAAAGUGAUUUCAGCUUGCCUGAAGAGAAUCCAGCUCUAAAGGAUGCAUUAAGCACUACACCUGCCAGCCCCACGGCUCCAGUCUUCCUGGGAAUGAAGCCCCCUGAGCCCACCCUUCAGCCGCUUAACACGGAGGGGCAGGGCGCUCAUAAUCACUCACUAGUCAGUUUCAGAGAGGGGCGAAGGGCUUCAGACACGUCACUCACUCAAGGUUUAGUGGCAUUCAGACAGCACCUCCAGAACCUGGCCAGAACCAAGGGUUUCCUGGAGCUUAAUAAAGCCCAGAUAGUGUUAGGAGGUGGAGGAGGCGGUAAACCCAUCAUCAGUCCCCAGGAGCUCCUAGAGCCUCACCACCCAUUCACCCACCAGGGAGAAGGACGCCAAUGUCUAAGUGGAAAAGAUACAUUGACAUUCACUGGUAAAAUGCAUCCUUAUCUGCUAUCUAGGAGACAGAGUUUGGAGACGCAGUACCUCGCUCAGCGACUACAGAGGGCCAGUCAGUUGGCAAGUGGUCUUGGAAGUGGACAGAUGUUUUGUAAAGAGGCUGCACCACGCACUUUAGAGCAACAACUCCAGGAGCACAGACUGCAGCAGAAGAGGCUCUAUCUCCAGAAGCAGUCUCAGGUACAGGCUUACUUCCACCAGAUGCAGCUGGCUGAAGAUGCUUACCGCCCUCCCCAGGACAGCAGAGACCCCCAGAACAGCAGCAGUCCUUUAUCCAGCCCUCCCUUCACACGGACCCAAACUCUAACCCCUUUUCUGGAGCCCGGCACUUCAUCCCUGACAUACAGCCCCAAGACAGCCCGUUUCCCAGACUGGCCUCUGCCGCCAGACAACUGCACAAACUACACCCCAUCCCUCCCUACAGAGCCCCUGUACGCGUGGAGUCCUGCUCAGCCACCUCUCCCAACGGGCAAAGCGGAAAGCCCUUUGGCGCGACCUGCACCUGAAGCCCCCUUCCUGGACUGCGAGAUGAUGGAGACCGUAGAGGCCCCACAGGGCUGUGUACUCGUAAACUAAAUGUGAAAUAAAGCACUCUGAGGCUGGCUCUCAGGCAGAAGAUGUGGCGAAAAAACGCCCUCAGGGACGAACAAGACGCCAUGGUUUGUCACAUCUUAUAAACCUACAGAACUGUGGUAGACCAUUACAGAACUUCAUUUUCAGAGAUGUUUGUGAGAUACGCUAGUGUCCUGAAAUGUUUUUUGUUUUGUUUUUUUCUGGUAAGCACAGAUUAAAUGUAGUGCAGCAACCAUAGAGUUUAAAAAUCAGUAUUAAAGCAAUAUUCCUUUUCCUAUAUAAUACUCUAGAGUUCUACGAGUUUCAGUGUUUUUAUAAUUAGUUUGUUUCAUCCUUAAAUGAUCAGUAGCUACUCAAGUUUUCCUUAUUAGUAUUGUGUGAUUUUAAAUAAUAGAUAUAAUCAGCAGAGAAAUGUGUAAAUAUUAGGACUUAUCUAAGGGAUAAAAAAAGAAAUAAUGUUAAAGUCAACAUGAAACAGCAUUGAGUCUAUUUUUCUGAGUGAUGAACUUCUGAAUGAAAGACGAGAACAAAAUAUAGAGUCAGACCUGAGUUUAAAACAUUGCCAACACUUUACAAUAAGGUUCAAUUUGUAAAUAAACAACUAUGAACAAACAAUCAUUUACAGCAUUUAUCAAUCUACAUUGAUUUUAAUUUAUGCAUAUAAUAAUACUUUUUAACUUCUUUAUAUUUAUAUAUUCACAAUAAUAAGCAUUAGUAAAUUAAAACAAAAUAAACAAAGCGACAAUAAACAAUAGUAUAUUAAGAAAUUAACAUUAACCAAGAUUAAUGAAUGCUGCAAGAUAUUGCCAUUGAUUUGUUCGUUCACAAUACCUAAUGUAUUAACUAAGCACGACAUACUAAUUUAAGUGCUGCAGAUAUUAUGUAAUUUUGCAAGCCAACCCAGACAUUAUGGUUCGUUCACACCAUGUCAGGAUUAAUGUAGUUAUGAGAUUCUGACUUGUAUAAAACGUUAAUGUCCUUACAAAUUCAACAUCACACAAAAACACUUAAAAUGACAGCAAUUUCAGCUGCAAAUUGUAAUGAAGAAAUAAUAUUGGGUAAUAUUUCUAUUUAAUAAUAUUUAAGUAAUUCAUAUAAUUAAUAAUAACUCCAGUAAUUGACUAUUGUUUAUGUCUUAAUAAUGCCAGGAUAAUCUAAAAAAUAAAAUAGUUUAAUGUAGCAGCACAGCUGAAUGCAUCUGAUGUCCCACUAAAUCAACAAGGAUUGUUAUUUGAUGUAUAGUGUGUUUUUUUUUUUUUAUUGAUUACUCAAAUUAAACAGAUUCAUUUUGGCAUUAAUAGUGUUGCCAUAGAAAUGUAUAAUUCAGGACGGGAACAGUUCCGCCACAAGUUAUCUUGUUGUAAUUACUGUAAUUACGACAUGGUGUGAAUGUAGCAUUCGCAUCACCCUGGUUCCCUCAACAAAAGCCAAUAGGAUUUUCCCAUAAGCUCUGUAACCAGCAAAAGUUUGAUUCUUGCACGUUUUGUUCGAGACAAUGAAAGUCUAAAUAUAAUCACCAGAAGCAGUCGCACGACUUCAAUGUCAACUUUUCGGCCUUUAUUUAAAUUCUAAAAUAAAGUUGGAAAAUUUCAGAUAGAAUAGUUUGAGGAAGUAUAAACAAAACAAGGCUGUAAAAGAUGAUUUUUCGUGCUCAAUGUCAUGUUUAAUGCCCCAACAGCCUCAGUAGUCCCAUUUAGCCACGUGUUAGCAACCACCUUUUUAAAGACAUGUAAAAGUUUAAAAUUAUGGGUGGUGUAUUACUUUGUUUUAAUGAAUAAUGAGCUUGUGUGAACCACAGAACUUAUUUCAGCCAUUGACGUUGUGAUGAUGAGUCUGGGUUUUAGGACUCGUUCCUGUAGCUCUAUUGUAAAGUGUUACCACAUUGCUGUUUGACUAUUGGUGAACAUUAACAGGCACGACCUAGAUGAUGUCAGACAAAGUAAAGUUGUUUCGGGUGGAGCAAUGAUGAAAGAUUACAACAACAAAUCAUCUGUGAAAUAAUAUACACCAAUGGUUAUGCACAGUAAGACCAAACAACAUGCGUUAAAGUAAAUAGAGUUUGUUGUGACUUUAAAAUCACACUACCUACUUUGGACUUAUCAGAGUGGACUGGAGAAGUAGACAAGAACAAGGUUACAGCACAUGGUUUUUCUGACAGUACGUUUGCUUUUAGAGCUACUGUAAUAAUUGAGAAUUACAUGGUUUAAACCAAUCAGAAUUAACAGUGAUCUCACACAGCGUGCACUAUUACUCAAACUGAAGUCCAGCAGAUUUUUUUAGAAACUUAAGUGUUGUGCCUUUCAAUUCUUCUUAUUCCUCUUUGAAGAAUGUCUGUUUUUAGAUUUAAUUCUUCAUGUACAACUUCCUGUUUGGAAAUGCAGUAUGAAGCACCCUCUUUUGACAGAUACCUUGAACCAAAGUCUCCAUUUAGGUUCUAUUUUGAAGUCCACCAUGUGGAUUGUUCUGGAACCAUCCAGCUACAUGAGAUAGCUGUCAUGGUCCUACAGUAUAUGCCAUUCAAAAGUAUAGCAAUAUCUAGAGUAAUAGUUCUGAUGUUUAAAAUGGGUGUCGAUAGUGAGUGUUGUCAUUUUAUGCCUUCGAGUGAAAAAGAUCUUAUUGUGAUUAUUUAGAAUUUGUAGUCAGAUCCUUCUUGACUAUUGUUGAUAUUAAUACCGACAUUGAAAAGUGAACUGUUUUGUUAUAGUCGUUUUUCAGUGCUAAAAUGUUUCCCAAUAUGUAAUCACAAUAUGAAUUGUGUUAUAUUCAGUUGAAAACGCUGAGUUCCUUGCACAAGGGGGAAUAAAAGUCGCGUUCCUUGAGUGAAACUGUUUG